AUGACCAAGAAGAAGCCUCUCGCGAAAAGGCCGACCAAGCGCGGCAGGAAGCGCGCCCGCGAGAUCGAGCGCCAGGAGAAUCUGGCAAAGAAGGCGAUAAGAAAGGAAAACUAUCGCAACGAGCUGGCUCUCCUGCAUGGCGUCACGGACGGGUUUGGCCUCCGGUUCUGCGGCGAUAUCAUCAUCCAGCCCAGAGAAGAUGCCAUUCAGGCGGCCACCCAGGCUUCCGCGGCACCUUUUGACCCUUCCCACCGAGUGUUUUUCGUGAGCAGCGCCAGCAUCGCGGAACGGGCCAAAGGAAAGGAUGAAGGCGCGGGGCAGAAAACGAACAUGAGAUCAGCAGGCGCUGCCGUGGUUUAUAGACGACGUCCAGCGGAAACUAACCAAAUUUGGCAAAGAAACUUAUUUGGUCUUGGUGUCUCAGCAGGGAACAGGAAAAUCGAAGCCGGCGUUCUUGCCAUCGCAGAGUGUUUGGCCAUCGCCGCCACGGAGAUAACGUGCGCAAAGGAUCAACCGACCCCUCGAAAGGUCACCGUUUUCUCAGAUUGUCGAGCCGCAAUGGACAGGGUCAACAGGUUUCGCCGUGUUAACCGUACUGAAAAAGAACUAUACGGCGUACCUGUACACCGGAAACUCAUCACAGCUUCACAGUAUCUUUCCCGCCACCUCGGAGUUGAGGUCGAGCUGCGUUGGGUACCGGGGCAUUCCCGUGUCGAGGGCAAUAGACACGCUGAAGUUGCCGCUCAGAAGGCAGCGGCGAUACUUGAGAUCCGCAAAGGUGGUGACAGUCUUGAUAAGGGGCUUCAGGCGUUGAUUGAGAGAGCCACUCAAAGUGGAAGCAAAUGCUCAGAGACUCGGAGCACAACCCAAUUCAACGAACAUGAGGAUCCCACAAAGCCAUCGGCAAAUCCGAUACCCCACGAAUCAGGUUCAGCCCAGGCAAUUCCACCGGACCAUCAACAAUAA